GCAGUGUGAUCUAAACAAACCUGCCUCUGGACAUGUCAUCCCUUAAAAUAGAUGUUCAUACAUCAGCCUUUCCACGGCAGCAGCAGCAACAGCAGCAGCAACAGUAUGAAGACAUGGCCGACGGGAUAUGACUAGAAUACUCGCCCUGAACUGAGAAAUCACCGUCUGCGUAAAGGACAAGACAGUGGGUGGCAACCGCAGCAAAAGCAGCACCCCGGCCACGGCCCGGCCUCGACCAGCCCACAGGGAUGCAUUGUGGGAUACAGCCGCUCCAAUGGCUUUCAUGUCCAGGUUCUCCAGGAGCAGCUCCAGGUCAGCCAGCCGAGCGGCUCCAGAAGACCAUGGCAGCCACCCCAUCCUCAGUGUCUUCGAGUUGGAGAGGCUGCUGUACACGGGGAAGACAGCCUGUAACCAUGCUGAUGAGGUCUGGCCUGGACUGUACCUGGGAGAUCAGGAUAUAGCAGCCAAUCGGCGUGAGCUGGCUCACCUGCGGAUCACCCACAUCCUCAAUGCCUCGCACAGCAAGUGGAGGGGGGGUGCCGAGUACUAUGAGGGCACCGGCAUCCGCUACCUGGGCAUUGAGGCCCACGACUCGCCCACCUUCGACAUGAGCCCCCACUUCUACCCCGCUGCUGACUUCAUCCACCAGGCAUUGAGCGAGAGAGGAAAGAUCCUUGUGCACUGUGCCGUUGGGGUGAGCAGGUCGGCCACCUUGGUCCUCGCCUACCUCAUGAUCCGCCAUCACAUGACCCUGGUGGAAGCCAUAAAGACUGUCAAGGACCACCGUGGCAUCAUCCCCAACCGGGGCUUCCUACGCCAGCUGGUCACCCUGGAUAACUCUCUGAGGCUGAAGCGGAGGGUGUGAGGGGGUGCUGCACAGUGGAUGACAUUCAGCAGAAACUUGCUGUCACAUGAGCAGCUGGUGCAGGACUUUCAUCACAGUGCAGGCACUCAGGGGUUAAAGUGCAGCAAGGGACCCCCCCCCGCCCCCAAAGUCCAUCCAGUUGCCUGGGGUCCUCCAGGAGCCUCAGCUAUGGCAAGUGAUCAAACAGAUCUCUGCUCCCCUAGUUGCAGUUGCAAUGGCCUAAUAUGCAGCCUCCCCCCCACAAGCCUUCUAACCUCAGAGGUGCAGCUGAUGAGACUCAGUCCCAUGUCUCAGGCUGCUCUCACUCCCUGAUGGCUCAGGGAAGCCCUCAAGGGUUGGUCCUCCUAGCCGGCAGACCCAUUCACCCAGCUGGCCUUGCCCUUUCUUUGUUCCUGGCAGACCCGAGCUGUGUGUCCAUGUCUCUGUGACCUGGGUAUGGCCUGGGGAACAGACCCUCUAUUGUAGAGUUUGAAAGUCCUUGAUGUCAAACAUUUACCUGUAAGAAUAAAAAUACUGCAAGGGAAA